AUGAGCAGCGACAGCAACGACAACAGUCAUCAUCAAAAUGGUCAUCUAAGUGACGAUCCAGACAAUGAAAACGCGGAAAACGUGAAUGACCGCGAUCUGAAUAACUACAACAGAAUGACCAAACAACAAAUUGGUGAGGAAUUGGAGAAGAGGAAUGUGCCCGACGUAUUCACCAACAAAAAGGACGCUUUUAACGCGCUCAAAAGGGUCAUUGCGCGGGAAGUGCAGGCGCAGCAAGAAAGGCAAUUACAAAACCAAUCUAACCAACAACACGGAUACAACAUGCAACAAACAACAUUCGCGGACGGCAAUCCACAUGCGGUGCAGGUUAAAUACCCGAAGGUGGAGUUCCCAAAGUUCAAAAAUCAAGAACCACGGGAAUUUGUUAACCGUUUUGAACAAAUAUCCCAAAUGGGAGGGCUAAACGAUAAGCAAAUGGUCCAAAUGUUUUGGGUCAGCCUGGAAAAAGAAGGAGAACUGUGGUUUAGAAACAACAAAAAACGCCUCCAGGAAAUUAACGAGUGGAAUCGAGUGAAAUUGGAAUUUUUGGAUGAAUUUGAAACUCCCGAGAACCUAGGAAGUAACUGGAUGACAUUCCAAAACAGGAAGCAAGGAGCAGGAGAAGCUUCAACGGCAUACAUUGAGAACAAAAUCCACUUAGCCGAAAAAAUAAGACACAAGUUAUCCGAAGUGGAGCUCGUUGACUGCAUCAUUAGAGGAUUUUUGCCUAACCUAGCAAAACAACUUUUCCUCAUGGACAACCCGGACAUUAGGACGAUGAAGAAAAACGUGAAAAGAGUAGAAGGAUUGUUUAUGGUGAACAAUGACACACAAACAGCGAGCACAGCGAAUCCGCAACCAGACGUCUCAAAAACUAUAGAAGAAAUCAUCGUCAGGAAGCUGCAAGAAUUAGGCAUCAAAUCCGGUGGAAAACCUGAAGAAAAAUCUGUCAAUGCCAUCAGCAACAACACAGGACGCGACGAACGCGCAGCCAGAAAUAGGAGCCGGGACAGAAACAUUCGUCAGUAUGACGAUAAGCGAGACAGGUACAGGAGUAGUAGCAGAGACCGGGAGGACAAGUACCGAUACGGCGACGAGUACCGUAACAGAAGAAACGGAUCAAAUAGCAGGGAUUAUGAGCGGAGAAAUCGAGACUUCUCAAGAGACGGAAAUCAAGACUUUUCAAGAGACAGAGAAUAUCAGCAAAGAUCAAG